AUGGGUGCAUAUGAAUGUCUGAUCAGCUCUUCAAACCUCAUAAGAGUCAACAAGCAGAUCUCGGCCGACAAGCACUACAAGGGCAUCAUCGACUGCGUGGUGCGCAUCCCGCGGGAGCAGGGCGUCCUCUCCUUCUGGCGCGGCAACCUGGCCAAUGUGAUCCGGUACUUCCCCACCCAGGCCCUCAACUUCGCCUUCAAGGAUAAGUACAAGCAGAUCUUCCUGGGCGGCGUGGACAAGCGGACCCAGUUCUGGCGGUACUUCGCCGGUAACCUGGCGUCCGGAGGUGCCGCCGGCGCGACCUCCCUCUGCUUCGUGUACCCCCUUGACUUUGCCCGAACCCGCCUGGCAGCGGAUGUGGGUAAAGCCGGGGCCGACCGGGAGUUCAGCGGGCUCGGUGACUGCCUGGUCAAAAUCUUCCGCUCGGAUGGCCUCAGGGGCCUGUACCAGGGCUUCAGUGUCUCUGUCCAGGGCAUUAUCAUCUACAGAGCUGCCUACUUUGGCAUCUACGACACCGCCAAGGGCAUGCUCCCAGACCCCAAGAACACCCACAUCGUUGUCAGCUGGAUGAUUGCUCAGACCGUCACUGCUGUCGCCGGUUUGGUCUCCUACCCCUUUGACACGGUUCGUCGUCGCAUGAUGAUGCAGUCUGGCCGUAAAGGAGCUGACAUAAUGUACACUGGCACUCUUGACUGCUGGAGGAAGAUUGCCCGGGAUGAGGGCUCCAAGGCGUUUUUCAAAGGUGCAUGGUCGAAUGUACUCCGAGGAAUGGGUGGUGCUUUUGUCUUAGUCUUGUAUGAUGAAAUCAAGAAGUACACAUAAGUUGUUUCCUGUUGUGAACUGGUAUGUUGUUCUGUGUAGUCUAUGAGAGUUCAUGGACUUGUUUGAAAACCAUCUAGUUACUAAACAGUGACGGCUGAUGUUUAUACAGGUUGGCAUGGGGCAGGGGCAACAGCCUGCCCUGUCUUUAUUCCCCUUGAUGGGACUCAUGAUGGUUUCUAUUUCAGUCACUCCUGCUUAAAGAGUACAAAGAAAUAAAAAUCCGAAACCAAUA